CUUUGCACUUUACACUUUGCACUUCGCACCUCGCUACCCAACUUGUGAAUUCCACAUUUCAACGUUCGGUGUUGCGAAGGGACCACCACACACCGGUCCCUUUUUCAGAACAAACACUUUGUUCGUACCUAAUUACCAUGCACACCACGCGCUGUAUGUGCAGGAGAGGAACACCGUUUCUCGCGGUUGAAGCCUGGAUGGCAAGCCGCGCGAACACUGGUAGGCACCCAUCCACGCGCACGGGCUGCCUCGCCUCUCCUUUUGCCGUCGUUGUUGCACGAGCUCGUGUGUCCCUGCUCCAGUCCAGCAGCCAACAAGUUCUGGAUCUACCGUCAGGGGUUCAUACCCCCGCCCCCGCCACCGUCGAGAUAGACAGUUCGAACCCCCACGAAUGCAAGCGGCGCGUGUGGAAGUUCGCCGCUGCUGUCCGUGCAUACGACCACCUUCAAGAAUCACCUCUCUCCGGUCGGGCUCCGAUGCAGAUUUUUUUGCGCGUGCCACUUCGUGUGCUCUCAAGUCGGGGGAUGGCUACUGGCCGAGCGGCCCCGGAAGAACCUCCGUUCCCGUGGAGGUGCGACAUGCUAGCCGGCAAGGCGGCUAUCGUGACAGGAGGUAGCGCGGGCAUUGGUGCGAGUAUCACCGAGGCACUGCUCCGAGCAGGCGCUUCCGUCGCUGUUCUCGCGAGGAGUCGGUCAAAGUUCGACGGCCUUCUUCCUAUUCUCGAGGAGAAGAAACUGCCGGUCGACAAGACCCACUUCAUUCCAAUCGAUCUGUCCAGCACGGACGACAUCAGGCGAGCAGCCAUCGAAGCAAAUGACUGGGCGGGUGGCUGCGCGGACAUCCUCGUCAACAACGCUGGCGUGGCCACUAUAGCCCCUAUUCUCGAGGCCACCAUCGAGGACUGGGACUGGACCAUGAACGUAAGAAGUAGGAGAGGGAAUCCCAUCGAGAUUUUUCGUACCGGAAACAAUAGCUGUGAAGGACCCUUCCAGCGACAGAAUAGGAACCUUCACGUUCGUUCUUUGUGUGUGGGUCGUCUCGUGAAGGUGAACGUUAGGGCGCCCUUCAUCAUGGCCCAGGAGUGCGCCAAGAGGAUGAUCGUGCGCGGCAAGGGCGGAAAGAUUGUCAACACCUCAAGUACAGCGUCUCGCUUCGCACUGCACGACCACGCUGCGUACUGCACCAGCAAGGCGGCCAUCAAUGGUCUCACAAACGUGAGCCGGCACAAUUUCUUAACGUCCCCCCACUGGCUUCGAUUGUGCUCUUUGCAUCGCGCGUGUGGAGUCAAGGUGAUGAGCGCGGAGUGGUCCAAGCACGACAUCAACUGUAAUACCAUCGGCCCCACCAUCGUCUUGACUGACAUGGGCGCCAAAGCGUGGGGCGAGCCGGAGAAGGGCGAUCCCAUGGUGGACCGCACCCCCCUCGGCCGUUUCGCGGAGCCCUGGGAGAUGGCACACGGCGUGGUGUACCUUGUCAGCCCGUCCUCCAGCCAAAUGUGCGGGCAGAUGCUCCUCCUCGACGGUGGCAUCACCACCACCGGAACUCCCUGCGGAGUGUAACCGCCGAGAGAGCUAGCGAUGCUUCGAUACGACGCCAACGUCUCCUGUUGCGUGGCAGCCGUUUUUGCGCCCCGUGUUUGGCCCGCCACGACCACGAUCAUCUUGCUUGUUGUUCUGUACUACUAGGAGUCGAAUGUUUGUUGCCGGUGCCUUACGUGUUCGCGCCCCCCGGCAUUCGGCGGGAAAAGGCGGGAGCGCGCGGGCGGAGGAGGGAGGGGGCAGUAGCGUAGAAACCGCCGGGCCGUUCUGUGCAGCCUUGUUUGAUACAAAUGCAUAGGGUACGCGUGCAUGUGUGAGUUGUAUCUCAUGAGUCAUCCAUCACAUUCAAUUGAAAGUAGCGAACUCCGUUUCACCGACUCCCGGGUGGCGCAACGAGACAGGUCGGGCGGUCGAAAGCUCGCAAC